ACCGGAGGGAAAAUGGAGAAAGCGAAGAACUGCAAAAACCUCUGACGAGUGACGACGCGUCUUCUCCACUUUCCCUCUUCUCUCACUGUAAUCCCGUUCUUUCCUCCACCGGAAACUCUCCAUUUCCGUCACCGGAGCCCUAAUUCCCCUCCUGAGAGGCGGGGACGUCGGUUCUCCGAUGGCCGAAACACUAAGCCCUAACCCUACCUCGGCUCAGAGGUACAGAUCCGUUGCCGGCCGGAUCCAGUCUCCGCUGAGCCCCUUCUUCCUCGGCUCCAAUGACGAUGAUCUCGAGCGGGCCCAGGCGCGGGCCGCGCGUGCAGCAGCUAUCCGCCGCAAAUCCAUGGCCGCUCACGCGGUUCCUGUGCAGCAGGAUGCGGAGCCCUGCCUAGGGAAGCAGCAGAUUCUCGAGCUGUUGCAGAAUUGCAUCAAGCUUGCCAGUGAAAAUAAAAUCAAUCAGAAGAAUACAUGGGAGUUGGGAUUGAUUGAUCAUCUCUACGAGAUUAUUAAAGUUGAAGAAGAGAGCGAUGCUGAGACAAAUUUUCAGAAGGCAAGUUGCACCUUGGAAGCCGGGGUUAAGAUAUAUUCAUUAAGAGUCGACUCAGUACACUCAGAGGCCUAUAAAGUCCUUGGAGGGAUCAAUAGAGCUGGGCAAGUUGAUGAACCAGAUGAUGUUGAGGACGGGCCUGUUGGUGGAGGACAUGAAGAGGGCCAUCAGAAGAAAGAAACCGACAGAAAGCUCUCACCAUUAUCAACACUUGAAUCAUCCUUCGAGGCUCUCAACUUAAAGAAACUUGAUGUUGCAUUUGCAGUGGAUCCAUUAUACCAUCAGACAUCUGCACAAUUCGAUGAAGGCGGAGCAAAGGGGUUAUUGUUGAAUAACCUUGGUGUCUUUGGCAAGUGCGCAGUACUGUUUGACUCUAUGGAAGUACCUGGGAAGUGCAUCCCAUGCAAUUCGCAGCAAGAUAAGUCAGAGACAGUUGAUCUUUCUUUCGCUAAAGAAAAUGCUGAACAGAUGGUAACAAACAUGCGAAUGAAGGCUGAGAUCUCACCGACCCUCUGUACAAUAGUGAGCCAAUUUGAUGAAGAUAAUAGAAGACCAACAGAAGCCACAUCUUCAUUAGAGGAGACAGAAGGACAAGAGGAUACAGUUUUGCCUAAUGGUGGUGAAUUUGUUGCUGAUUCAUUUGACAAUGGGAGCAACUGGGAUUUCCAUCAAUAUGAUGAUGCUGAUGUAGGUGAUGGAGACACCAGCUUUGGGGAUCCCGCUGUUCCCAGUCAUAUUGAGGAAAAUGAAAAUCUUGGUUUUCGUGGGCCUGAAACAGAGGAUGAAUCAGAGGAAGUUGAAGGCUAUCUCUUUCUUAGUUUGGGGAUGAAUACCAAGCAGAAUGCUUGGGCGGGGCCCGACCAUUGGAAGUACCGUAAACCUAAAGGUUUAGAGGAAAAGCAAGCUCCUGAAAACGGUUCAACUGUUACAUCUAAGAAGCCGAGGAAUAAGAAACAAGCAGAACCCGAGCUUGACUUUACAGCUUCCUUGGACAAGGAUUGGACACACAUCUUUGCUCCUCCCAAGAACCCUAAGUCGUUAUUACUGCCUGCUAAUCGAGUACCAUGUAACACAAAACUUCCAGAAGAUUGCCAUUACCAACCCGAGGAUCUGGUCAAACUAUUUCUUCUUCCAAAAGUGAUGUGCCUUGGGAGGAGACGACGAAAGAAGUCAGAUGGAUUGGGGCAACCUUGUGAUGAUUAUGGACCAUCAACAUCUUGGGAUGGUGAAAGUGUGUUCGGUGGACCGUUUGAUGAUGGAAACGAUCACAGUGAUGCAGAAGAUGGACUCGACACUCUUGUUUCUCAGCCUCGCCAGGUAAACAAAAUUGAAGUGCAGUAUGACAAGACCUCUAAACAAGUAGAUGUCCAGGCAUUGAAGGAGACUCUAUGGGACCACACACAAAGAACUUUCGACACGUCCGUUCAGAAGGGCCUGGAAGAUGGUGUCUCGUUCAAGCAGAUUUUAGCUAGCUUUCCUGCAGACUGCAGAGCUGCUGCGACUGGUGACGUCUCCCCUCACUUGUGUUUCAUCUGCCUCCUGCAUCUGGCCAACGAGCACGGGUUGACAAUAAAUGGUUGCCCUAACUUGGAUGAUCUCAGCAUCCAUCUUCAUCGUCCUGUAACGACUACCAGUAACCAUGGCUAGUGAUUCCGCACGAUGAACCAUUAAUGUUUUGGUGCUCUCGAGGAGUGUUUUAUCAAUGUGGGUGUUGUAUUUUUGUUUGUAAAUUAUCCAAUGACUCUUCGAUCGACUUCAUGUAUAUGGAAUUGCUCUGAAGCUAGAAGGUUCUGGUGAUUACGGUUGAAAAUUUGGUUGUGAUCGGGGAUUUGAUUUA